AUGUCGGUAACAUCUACGGUGGAGAAUCACCGGAAAAGUCCUUCGUCGGCGGAGAAAACGCUGCCGGAGAAGAAGAAGAGGAGAUGGGUGUUCUGGGACAGAAGGUGGAGGAGAUUAGACUAUUUCAAACUCACGGCUUCAUUGUUCGUGCAUUCGAUGGCUCUCUUGGCUCCGUUUUAUUUCAGAUGGUCUGCUCUUUGGGUCACCUUCUUGUUCUAUACGAUUGGUGGUCUCGGUAUCACCGUGUCGUACCACCGGAACUUGGCUCACCGGAGUUUCAAAGUCCCUAAAUGGCUCGAGUAUCUCUUGGCCUAUUGUGCCCUUCUCGCUAUUCAGGGAGAUCCGAUUGAUUGGGUGAGUACUCAUCGUUAUCAUCAUCAAUUUACGGAUUCGGAAAGAGAUCCUCAUAGUCCUAAAGAAGGUUUUUGGUUUAGUCAUCUUCUAUGGAUAUAUGACUCUGCCUAUCUCGUUCAAAAGUGUGGAAGAAGAACAAAUGUGGAGGAUUUGAAGAGGCAGUGGUUCUAUAGGUUUCUUCAGAAAACGGUGUUUUUCCACAUUUUAGGUCUUGGGAUUAUUCUCUACUAUCUUGGUGGCAUGUCCUUCGUUACUUGGGGAAUGGGGAUAGGAGCAGCACUGGAGGUGCACGUGACUUGCUUCAUAAACUCAGUUUGCCAUAUUUGGGGCUCUCGGACUUGGAAGACCAAUGACACUUCUCGUAAUGUUUGGUGGUUAUCGGUUUUUUCAUUUGGGGAAAGCUGGCACAACAAUCACCAUGCGUUCGAGUCGUCCGCAAGACAAGGACUUGAGUGGUGGCAAAUCGACAUUUCUUGGUACCUUGUCCGGUUUCUUCAGAUUAUCGGUUUAGCCUAUGAUGUGAAACUGCCUACAGAAGCUCAACGACGUCGUAUGGCUAUCGUUAAAUCCUAA